UAUGGAGACGAAGUUCAAAGUUAAAUCAUGGCUGAGAGGACUGCGUACAGUAAAGGGGACAGUCCAAGAUAAUGAUUGCGCCAUCACAAAUCACUCUACAUAUUACAUUUUAUUGCAUAUGUAAAUAGUGGCACAGAGUAGCUUAGCAAACCUGGAGUUCCUGGAGACCCAGAUAUUUAAAUUUAAAUCAUAAUUUUUCCAAUGACGACAGCUGAGCUAUCUCCAUCACAUCAACAACAACAACAACAACUGAAAAGUUUGGCUUAUCUUGUUAGAUAAAAAAAACAAGAUGCUAGAAUGUAGCAUAUCAUUUUUAUGAUUGGUGCAAAAUUGUAUUUACCAAAAGUGUUGAAGAAAUGUACCCAACAAAAAGGUCACCUGUAACCUUUGCAGCUAAUACUUAUCCUUCACUCUAAGCUGAAUGCCUGAUAUAAAGCAUAUUAAAAUUAAACAAUCAUAUCUACCAUGGUUGAAUGUUCAAAUUAAACACCAAGUUGAUAGAAAUAAGGUUUACCUUGGUAAAAAGCAAACAUUUAAGAGAUCAUAAAUGGAGUCAGAUCCUGCAGAAGACUUAAAAACGGGCCCUGGCGGUCAGUUCAGGUCCAGCAGAGUCUUCUGGGUGAUUCUGACCUGUAGGACAGUGAAGGUGACAUCGUGAACAAGUAAAUGAUCAAACUGUGAUUGGAGAGCCUCUUCUAGUGAUUGGACAAUUAGGAACAAGGGUCCUCCCUUGUCCCCUAAUUUGGGGAAGGGUACUUUAGCAAUGUUGAGCUGACUCUGCGCACACACACACACACACACACACACACACACACACACACACACACACAUAGAUGUGGUCAUUCAGUCAGUCGGUCAGUCAGUUCAGAGCAGGUCCAGUCACAGCAGCAAACCUCCUCAUGGCUCUACGGACAGCGGCAUCCUUUUACCUGUGUUUCCUGCUGGGAGUUAACUGCUGGCAUGAUCUGGACAACACAGAGUACGACUGUUGGCCGAUCAAUAGCCCAAAUGAUUUCAACAUGAUUAACUGUGGUGGUCUGGAAAUGGCCUGGGUGCAGCGUCCUCCAGAGAAAGUAACCAAUGGGGAAGAGUUCAAUGUCUCAUACACGGUGACGGCUUCAGAUUCCUUCUACGAGUACUCAGUCAGGAACAAGAUUUUCCAGUUCAGUAAUGCAUCAGAGGCAAAGAGGUUCUGUCAUGAACACGAGUGCCCGGCAAACUGGAACAAUGCCAAUGAAAUGAACUGCUGCGUCUAUCACGCCAACAUCCACUCCUGUCCUCUCGGCCUCAUGAAACAAGGUGGAAUCUGUGGCCCGUGGAUUCCUGACGAUGGUAAAAUAGUGACUCACACUGUAUCCAAAGCAGGCAAGAUGUCCCAGAAAUACUGGACUUCAAAGGUGGUGCUGAUCCAUGUGGGAGUCACCUCAGUCAUCGCUCAUAUCAAAAUAGGACAGAUGCACGCAGCCCUGGAGUCCAAAGUGCUUGUUGUCAGCGCUCAAGUGUGUGGGGAUGACGUCUGCGAGCUGGAGGAGAACUGUCUGAACUGUCCUGCAGAUUGUGGCAUCUGCCCGAUGUCCAUCACUAUCAAGGUGGCCAUCGGGCUCCCAGUUGCUCUGUUCAGCAGCGGCUUCAUCUUAACUAUGGUGUGGCUCCAGUACCAGAAACAGAGGAUGUUUUGGGAUGAAAGCUGGAUCAUCAACUACAAGAGCAUAAUAUUUGGUAAAGCGUGCUACAUGGGCCUCGGCAGCACCACCAGCCUGCAACAUGUCAAGAGUAACUCCACCAUCAGUCGAUCUACUAAUGUGACUAAUUGUACCGGGGUCAACACCUCCAUCAAACAAGGCUGCAUCCAGCCAGGCAUCUAUGAUGGGAGGAUAGUGGCGGUGAAACACAUCCAGAAUAAACAUUUCACCCUCUGUAAAACCAUCAGGAAGGAGGUGAAAGAAGUUAGGCAACUGGACCACCCCAAUCUAUGCAAGUUCAUUGGUGGUUCCAUCGAGGUCCCCUAUGUCACCAUCAUCACAGAGCACUGCCCCAAAGGAAGCCUGUCUGAUGUUCUGCUGAAUGAUGACAUCCCCAUCAACUGGGGCUUCAGACUGUCCUUUGCCACAGACAUCAGCCGUGGGAUGUCUUAUCUCCAUCAGCACAAGAUGUUUCAUGGGAGACUUCACUCCAGAAACUGUGUUAUUGAUGAUCGCUGGGUGUGCAAAAUUUCAGAUUAUGGGCUCACAACCUACAGAAAGGAGGACUUUGAGGCCAUCAGCAAUGGCUUCAAUUGUGGGGAUGUAAAUCGUAUAUAUUGUGCCCCAGAGGUCCUGCUGGGAAGCAGUUCCAACAUGACACCAACAGCAGAUGUCUACAGCUACUCCAUGAUUCUGGUUGAGAUUGCUACUCGCUCUGACCUCAUGUCAGACCAGACUGAGGAAAUGAGGAUGGAUCUCAUGUGGCGCCCCCCUUUGCCUGAACUCAAAGCAGGGAAGGCAGAUACUGACUGCCCCAGUGAAGGAGACUACUGGGAGCUCAUUAAGAAGUGUUGGUCUCAUAAUGUCACCAUGAGGCCCACGUUUGACCAGGUGAAGAAGAUGCUCGACAAAAUGAACCCGCACAAAGUCAGCCCUGUGGACAUGAUGAUGAACUUGAUGGAAAAGUACAGCAAACAUCUGGAGGCCAUAGUUGCUGAGAGAACACAGGACCUUCUUCAAGAGAAACAGAAGACGGAUCGGCUGUUAUACAGUAUGUUACCAAAACCGGUGGCUGAUGACCUUCGUCAAGGUCGAACAACAGAGGCUCAGAGCUUCUCCAAAGCCACCGUCUACUUCAGUGAUAUUGUCGGCUUUACUCAGCUGUCUGGUGCCAGCACUCCCCACCAGGUUGUGAACUUUCUCAACCAGCUCUACACCACCUUCGAUGACAUUAUUGACAAUUAUGACGUUUACAAAGUGGAGACAAUAGGCGAUGCUUACAUGGUGGUCUCGGGGGUCCCUCAGGAAAAUGGCAUCAGUCAUGCUGGAGAGAUAGCAAGCAUGGCUCUUGAUCUGGUCAGUGUCUGCCACACUUUCAAGAUCCCUCACAAACCCAACACACAGCUGAAGAUACGCGCCGGCAUCCACUCAGGACCUGUUGUGGCUGGUGUGGUUGGCACCAAAAUGCCUCGCUACUGCCUAUUUGGGGACACUGUCAACACAGCGUCACGGAUGGAAUCAACAAGUGAAGCUCUGAAGAUCCAGGUGAGUGGUGCCACUGCUGACCUGCUUCACACAUUAGGAGGUUACGUUAUGACAUGCAGAGGAACACUUAAUGUGAAGGGAAAAGGGGACAUGACAACAUGGUGGCUGGAGGCGAAGAGAGAUGAUCACACGGACCCACUGCUCAGAACAAGUGAAUCCAGAGCAGUUCCAGUGCCAGUUAGUGACUAGAUCUGGGUACAGCCUAAAAUGUGAAAAUAACUGCAUGAAAACUGGUCAGGCUUUGUGUUGUGCAAUUGAAUUGUGUCUAGUGAGCUACGCCGAGGGUUAAAUGUGCAGAUAAUAGGAUGAUCAAAUAAUUGAUCAUGAGUUUAAAUGUCGUACUGAAUUGUAAAUCCAGUAGAAGUGUUUAAAAGUAUUUGUUGUUAUGAUGGUUCCAUUUUUGUGACCAGAAGUAAUUAUGACAAGCAAAAUCCCUCUGAUAAUAAUUUGUAGAAAUAACUAGAAAUGCACAAUAUUACCAAAAAAAAAACUAACCAGAACAUGUUCACAGAUUAUAUAAUAAAUAUGUCUUUUGCACUUUUUGGGAAGAAUGUAAGAAAAAUAUGCAGAGAAACAUGCCAGAGUUGAGGAAAUGUUGUUUUAAUCACACAUUCUUAUAAUGUUUUGCUCAUAUACAGCUUUAUUUGUAUUCUUGCAAUCUGAGGCACUUUUUUCCUGGUAAAUUAAAGGUAAUGGAGAUAUUCACUGCCUGAAAACACGAUACGUAAAUGAAAACAUUUUAAAGUACUUAUAGAUAAAAGCCAUCUGAUUCCUUACAUUUCAAACAUUUUGACUUAGAACUGUCGUUGGAACAGGUAAAGGCCACAUAGCAGACAAUAUGUCAUAAAAGGAAAGGCACCGGUUUAAUCAAUAAACUUACAUUUAUUUUAUUUUUUAAAAGCCUUUUUGCAGUGAUUGCUCAUUGGUGUUGCUUCUUUGGAAAUUAGAAAACAGAGCCAUUAUUAAUGCUGUAAGUUUACAUGUGCUUUUUCUUUUAUAACAAGUCAUAAUCUUUUGUAAAGAAGUACUUUGGAGCCAAACUCUUUCACUUUCAACUAAUAGUUAUUUCCAAACUAUGUAGUUUGCCUUGAAUUUUCAAAUUUUGCAUGCCUUGUUGAUGCAGAAUAGAUUCACACACGGACACCUAGCCAACUGAUCCAGUCACUACUUUUGUAAAAUACGAAUGUACAAUUGUCUGUGGUAGUUUUUUUUAUGGUAUUGCUGACUGUGUAGUGCAAUGAGCUAGUUUAUUGUAUUCUUUUAGUCACAGAUUGUAUAAAUGACAUUAAAGUUAAUUUAAAG